AUGUCGAAUUCAGCCGCCGAGGAGUCACCGCAUAAAAAAAGGAAGACUUGUCCGGCUCCGUCACAGUGUGGUCCUCAAGGAGGGAAAGAUUUAUGCAGUGGAUGUUGUGGAAGAAAGCUUGUACUACUCGCCGAUUGCGUUGGUGUGAGCAAGCUCAGUUGGAGUGCUCUGAACCUGAGCGAAGAGAGGAUGGAUUGGAAGUGGGUAAAGGGUUUGGGAUCUCUCGUGGAGAGUCUCUCUAGCUCCAGACUGGUCCACUUUGAUCGCAGGAACGAAGGCAUGUGGAAGUUUUCGUGCCGUAAGUCCCCUUCGGGUGUCUACAAGAAGCUGGCAGAUUUACUUCCUGGAGCAAGACUCUGCAAAUUUAGUUCUAACCUUGUGAUCUUUUGGGAUGUCAUCGAGGGGGAUCGUUUUGAGAUUUGGUGUGCAGAGAUUUCCUUGGAGAGACGCCAAGGAGCCGAGAUUUGGGGCUACAUUGAGUGGUCUCAUCCUGUCAUGACCGUUGAACCUUUCUUACAUCGCCGCUACAAGGUUUUGCAUUCAGUUUCUGUCACUCUCUGA